GUUGCCAAAUGAAAAAAAGGAAAUUAGUUAAAUAGCAAAUUCGAAAAAGGAAACCGCAAAUGACUGGACAAAAUUCGAAUCCUGAAACUGAGCAAAAUGUGGAAGAAGAAAAUGAAGCCGAAAAUUACUUUUCUGAGGAGCAAGAAGAAUGGGAAUUGUCCAGCGAAGAAGAAGAGAACGAAGAGGGUUUCGAGGAAGAGGUCCUUGGAGUGACUCACGGUCCUUUACAACUAGAGAAUCCUGAACUUCCGCUGCGUAAGCAGGCCUUUAAAUUGAAGCAUAAUAAAACUGGCAACAUUCUUACUGUGCAUCACACGAUCAAAGAAAAUGGCCAACAACUGCGGAUUCCCAUUUCCGCCUGCUGCUUCAACAAUGAUAGCAACAAACUGGUAGCCAUAGACAAGCGGGGCAACAUAUUUGUAUUUGAUUUUGUAAUUAAACGGUAUUGGCGACUUAAUUUCCUCCUGCCACACGGGCGUUUAGUGCGUGCCUCGCCGUUGCAUAAAAACCUAUAUAUGGUGGCUAAUAAACUGGGUCAGGUUUUUGUAGUGGACUUGGAAAACUCUGUGGUGAGCCGUCGCAAUAAAAUGGGAGAAGCAGCCAUUGAUGAAAUGUCGUGGGGCAAUCGCUUGAACAGCUCCAGCGCAUCGAAUGCAUUAAUGCGUUUCGGUGCAGAGGCUGUUCUUUUUAAUCUUCAAUCUCUAUGGAUCUCGCAUGAGUUGCAGUUUGAUCAGUCGCGUUAUACGCUGAAAUUUGCUGGAUAUUUGCCCAACUCGGAUAAGUUCUUCACAUGCUUUACCAAUGAUUCCAUUCAUGUGUGGUCUUCCUUAUCGCUGAAUACCCUAAAAAUGGCUCAACCCAUCAAGACUAGGAACAGGAAGUUGCGUCUAACGGCUAAUAGCCAGGACAUUCCAGAGAUUUCUUUAAAGGAUCCCAAUCUAAGUGAUCUGGAAGAUGAGUUGCUGUUUAAUUGCCAAGAUCAGGAUUUUGCCGAUGGCAGUCUCUUGAACUAUUGCUUUACUCCGGAUGGCAACAAGUUCUGCUUAAGCUGUUUGGAUGGUUAUCUUCUGAUGUUGAGCACAGUCAGUUUAGAUUUGGAAAAGAUCUAUCGUCUCAAUGACUUUGUUUUAAAGCAAAUGGCCUUUCUGCCGCAGCCCAAGGAGCGCAUAUUAGUUGGCAUCACAUCCAGGAAUCAAGCUGUAAUGCUGGAUCUGUGUCACACGCAAAACAAAUUGAUUAUAGAAGCUUCGCAAGCAUCCUGUCUAAGUCUUAGCCGCGAUGGCAAAUUGCUUUCGGUCCUGAGCAAAUGUGGUCAGGUUAAUGUUUGGUCCACUUGUCGGUUAUUUAGUGCGCUCCAGGCUCAGACGCACUGCCGCAAGAUAAUACAGAAAACUCUUUUGAAGACAUCUAAAGUUAAUUAUCUGCCUACAUGCCUCUCUUCCCACAAGGAGAUACGUCAUCUGUUAAAACCUGACAGAUUGAAGGCUAUGCUAAAGGAGUACGGUUGCUAUCCAGAGAAAUAUAGAUUCCUAAUAUGGACUUCUCUGCUGGAUUUGCCGUUUAAUAAGACUGAAUUCCAGGGUUUGCUCAAACUGGGACCACCUCUGAAGAUCAAGAAUCAGGCGAAAGAAUUAAAAAUACGCCAGGAAGCCCAUAGACGUGGAGUGAUCAAGAUCUGGAGCUGCCUCAGUCAAUGGUGCAAGGUGUUUGCCUAUGCUGAAUUCAUGCCACAUUUGAUCUAUCCCUUCGUCCGGCAGUUGCCCAAAAACAGCUUAGUCUGUUUUGAACUAUUGGUUAGUUUGAUUCAGAACCAUUUCUAUUUGUGGUUUGAGUUCCAUCCACUGCCACCAUCCAACUAUUUGGCCAUGAUUGAUAAUCUCUUGCUUCGCCUGGAUCCACAAUUGUGCAAGUUUUUUAAAGCAUUUGAACUAGAAGCCAAGGAUUAUGCCUGGUCGUUGCUGUCAAAUGCCUUUGCCGAGGUUCUGGAGGAGCAACAAUGGCUUGUUCUGUGGGAUAAUAUCAUAACAGAACCACCUUAUUUUCCUAUUUUUUUGGCUAUUGCCUAUAAUGUGAUACAUCGUGAGAUAAUUCUACGUCUGCCGGAUCAAAAGUCUGUAAUAAUGUUCUAUCAUGAACAAAAUCCAAUUGAUAUGACCAAGUUACUGAAGCGUGCUCGCUCCAUAAUGGCCAAGUGUGACUUAGUCCUGCACCCGCAACGCUUUGUGCCACCAUUUUCGCCUGUGCCCAAAGGAGUGUAUCCCAAGUUUCUAAAAUAUCCAACCGAAUGGAUAGCCCAACAGGAGGAGCAAACAGUGGCAUUGGUUAAACACAAUCAGGAUAUUGAGGCACGUCUACGUCAUCUGGAAUUGGAGGAAAUGAAGACUAUGGAACGUUUGAAUAAUGGCCUCAAAAAGGAAGAGCACACACGUCGGCUUAAGGAGAUGGAGAAGCUCUAUCAGGAUACCAUACAACGUGAGGAGGAACGUAUUACCUGCCAACGCAAAAUGCUUUUAACCUACCAAAUGGAGGUCAGGAGCCGUAAGAGUGAGGUGAUUGCGAAGCUCCAGGAAUCCGAACAGCGUCGUAAAGUCAUGGAGAUGGAGAAGGACAUCGAUCUCCUAAUGCACACCAUUGAAAGAGAACGACGUCGUGAUAAUCAGGAGAUGCAAUUGGCCGAGGAUGAAAUACGUAAUCAGGAGAUGGAACUAAUGGCCCAGCGCUAUUACGAAGGUAUGGAAGGAGAGCCUUUAGCUCAAAAGUACUAUGAUAAAAUAAUGAGAUUGUGCAAGCAACGCAAUGACUUGCAGCAGAAUUUGAAAGAGAUGACCAGAGAGCAGUAUGAGAAACCAUCCGUCUCUUCGCCCUUUCCAUUGUUGGAUAUUGAACGUUCCAUUUUGGAGAUUCAAAGAGAAUUCUCAGAUAUUAUAGACAGUGAUAGAAGGACAUGAAUGCAAUAUUCUUUCGUUUUUUAAACAAAUUAAGGCACUUUUGUGUACAAAUAAAUGAUAAAACUAUCUAUAACUAUGUA